AUGGCUAACAAUUUAGAUUGCUAUUUAUCAUCACUGCAAAAUUUGGAACUUAUCUAUAUCAGAAUAAUUGCUAUGUUAAUUUUGAUAGCCAUAUAGCUAUUAAUAAUUUGGAUUGGGUUCGCAUGUUAUGCUAAAUGUAAAAAUUGGACUUUUAACAAAAGCAUCAUUUCGAAUACAUUAUUAUAUUUGUAUGUAUCAAAUUAUGCUGCUCUAAUCAAACAGUAAUUCAUUAAAUUAUCGAUUUUUAGGUUGUGUUCAAUAGUUUCAAAGAGAGCAAUUUCAACAAUUUCUUACAUUCAAGGAGAUGUUUCUCUAAUUUAUGGAACUGACAAUCACAUAUUUUGGAUUAUUAUUUUAGGUAUUCCUGGCCUUGGAGUAUUUGGGGCAUUAAUCCCCUUUACUUUAUUUUUUGUAAUGUAUAUGAAUAGGGAACAACUAGAUAAAAUUAAGUUAAGAAGACAUAUUUGUUAUUUAUUUAAUGAAUAUAAUUAAGAAAGCUAUUAUUGGGAAUAAAUUAAAUUAUCAAAAAAAACAAUUAUCAUAAUCAUCUUGACAUUUUUUGAAAGUGAUGUAUUGUUGAUGGCUUCGCUGCUUGGACUAUGUUUGCUUUUCUACUAAUUAUUAGCAGUAAAUUAAAAGCCAUAUAUCAUAUAAAGUUUGAACUUUUUAGAUAUUCAAACAGGAUAAAUUUGCUCUAUAUCUAUAUUUAUUAGUGCAGUCAAAUAUGUUUCAGAAAAGGGAAAUGUUGCAGCUUUAUCAAUUCUCCUUUAAAUUUUUAUCAUUCUUUUAUGCAUGAGAUUAUGCUAUCCAUUUAUUAUCAAUAUUUUUAGAGUCUAUUUUAAGAAAUAUAAGCUACCUUUCAUUGAGUAAGUUUAUAAAAUUUUAAGAUCAAUAAAAGCUGAUUGUUUUCUUAGUAGAUAUUUGAAUAAUCAAUUAAGGAAAUUGAAUAAUCGAGAGUAUCGGAGAAAAACCAAUUUUGCCAAAUUAAGAAACCACUUAAUAUCAUUAUCAAAGUUGUAAAUAGGACAUUAAAAGUAAUGAAUAUUUAUAAUUAGACAAAUGGUUUCAAUGAUGAAUUCAUAAUCAACCAUAAGAUAUCGUUAGAUAGUAACAAUAACUGAUGUUGAAAUGAAUAAGCUAACAAGUCCUUGA